UCAUCUGCCUUGAUCGUGACAUUGCGGUUGCAAUAAUAACCAAAAAAAAAGCAUCUCGAACGGGCCGUUCUCAGCCUGCUUCUAUUGAUCAUACUUAAAAACCAAGUAAUGUCUACUCAGAUCUCCCAGCCUCCUCUCAAUCACCUCUCACCAUGGCGCCCGUCACACAUAUAAUGUACUUUAAGACCUCCUCGUCCUACGUCCAGGAUCCCUCUCGGUUAAUCUCUGAGCUUGCAACCAAGAGUUCAGCAAACACAAUCGAAGGGCUUUCUAAGGCAUACCUUGGUUUCGAGGCUGAAGAUCCGAGCAAUGCAUUCUGGGUCCUCGAGUGGACUUCCAAGUCUGCGCAAGAAACAUAUCGUCAGACAGAUAAUUUCAAGGCUACGCAAGCAGCUUCUCAACAGGUCUUUGCGAGCAAGCCUACUCACACGUUUGUCGGGUUCUCCAACACUAGUCGGAUAUUUUCUGCUCCAGUGACGGAAUUUGUCACCUUCACUCUCAAGAGGGGUGUCAGCAUGAGCGCGCUGCAACCUCUCGUCAAACAGCUUCAGGAUAAGCUUCAAGGAACACCCAAGUUCUAUGGCUCGAGCUGGGCACCUGUCGUCGAUAAGCCUAACGUAGUUCACGGGGUAUUGGGAUGGGAGAGUGUGGAGGCACACUGGGCUGCUGUAAGCUCAGGUCCCCUCAAGGAGAUCAUUGAUGAAGUGAAGAAGGUUGCUGACCUUUGGCUUGUCCACGCCAUACUUACAUCAUACAAACUAUGAACUUGAUGAUCGUUGUAUACUAUGGGGAGGUAUAUUUUGAUGUUAUGAAAAUAAUGAAAUACAUAGGUACAGAUAUCCCCGAGCAAACGUUCAAUUUAGCUGGUGCCUAGGCCUUGUUCAGUCUUGUCAGUUCACACGUUCGAAUUACCCUGGCAAAUAUCCCUGAACACAGACUCA